UACAUGUAGAUUCUUUUGAAAGGCCUAAAACUAUAAUGAAGAAAUGGUUUCCAAAUCAUGGAAUAAUCUAUUGUCGAACAGGCUUUAGUAAAAGCUCGGCAAUAAUAUUUCCAAACGGGUUGAUUCUUACAUCAGGAUUGGUUCUAUUGCAAGCAACGAACUCCACAGAUGCAUUAUGUAAAAUACCCGAUGAAGCACUAAUUCAGCUUGAAGAUCAUCCUGAACUGUAUCAGUUACGCGACCUGGAUUUUGGAGUGAUAACUGAAAAUUCCAAAAAUGAAUUGACUGAGUUUAAAGCACAAGUCGCCUUUAUAGUUUAUUCAAAAUCUAUUGAAGCGACCAUUAGGAAUUUCUCCAGCUUGAAAUUCUUAGUUGACGGUAGAUACAAAAAUGUUGCCGAGUAUAGCAAAUAUUUUUCUACAUUCCUGUUGCUACAAAAAUCUGGGACAAAAAUAUCUGCUGUACAGAUGAAGCAUUCAUUUUGGUAUCUAAUGAAUAGCACAAGUUGUCAGUUAAAUUUGCUGGAAGAAAUAACAUGUAUUACUACUCCGUUCGGAAACGAACAUUUUAUAAACACCGUCAGUUAUGGACAUGUGGCCAAUAUCUUUGGAAGUAACAAUUGUUUGGCUUUAUUGAAUGUUCAAACGGCUUUUGGUUGUGAAGGAGGAGGUGUUUAUGACAGAAAACUAAACCUACGCAGUAUUCUGUUAGGGUCUUGUUUUAACAAUCAAAACGAUAACGUGAAUUUUCCUCUAGCAGCAAACAUUACAGAAAUUUUCUUAGCACUUUUUAACAGAAACUUGCAACAUAAUCCAGAAGAAUAUGAUGCUGCAAAGAUCAUUGAGUCUGUGUGCAUGAUUGAUUCAGUGAAUUGUUGGGGAACUGGCUGUAUAUUCCGCAUGGAAAAUUACCCACUAGUCAUUACUUGCUCGCAUGUCGUAAAAAGCGAUAACAUCAACUGUUUCGUUAAAGGUUGUGAACUUCAGCUCAACUUACUGUACAAAAAUCCAGUAUAUGACAGCGCUUAUGAUAUUGCAAUAUUAUCAGUAGCUGAUAGUUCUGAUUUGCAAAAAAUACAACCUUGCCGUUUGGCAAAAUACCUCCCGAAAGUAGGACAAAAGGUUUAUUCAGUAGGGUUUCCAUUAUUCAAAACCGUCGAUUCUAAUGAAAGAUUUAAGCCAAGUAUAUUUUGCGGACGAAUUACCAACUACACAAAAGGAGUUCUUAUCACUGAUUGCCCCGUGCAAGCUGGCCAAAGUGGCGGACCUAUUUAUGAUACCAAAGGACAUUUAUUAGCAGUGAUGGUUUCAAAUUUCAAAAGUUCCAUCGAUAAUAAAGUGUACCCGCAUCACAAUAUGUGCGUCCCGAUUUGUGACAUCAUUCCCGCUAUACAGAAAUAUGUUAAAACUAAAGAUAUUACGGCGUUAAAAGGACUUGAGGCCAAUCGAACCAUAAUUGAUAAAUGGAAAUUACAAAACUUAAAAAUUCGGAACAAACUGUAGACUAUGAGUAAAACUCAGUAUCAGGUAUUAGCACAGGAGAUUAGUUUUUAAUAACUGAAGAAAAAAUGUGACUGUUGUCGCAUUAUCGAACAGCACGUUCCUCACAAUCGUGUGGAAAAUUUGUGCGUUUUAAGACCUGAGAUUCAAGACUACGUGAUAUUGUGGUUAUAAGGGUGCGGGUGGGUUUUGAGGUAUAACGGAAAUUAAACUUAUAGAUACAAAAAAUAUAUUAGGAAAUCGUUUUAGAGAGAUUUUCCGGA